UCCCAGACUCGAUCUCCCGAGUUCCAGGAAUUCCCAUCAUCCCGGCCACUGCGACACCAGAAGGUGGACAUGUGAGUGUCGGGGAUCCCAGACACCCCAAAAAUAAUAUCCAACAUGGUGCCUCAAUGGAGAGUCCAGGGGACCCUUCUCAGCUGCCUCCUCCUCUGCCAGUCCGGUUGGAUGCAGGUCAUCACCUCGGAGACUUCAGCCCCAUCCCCCACCAAGUCUUACAUUGACUUCUUUGACCCACCAAGGACUUUGUCUGAUUCUUCGGUCCUAGAAAUCCUGUAUCAGUGCCAGGCGGAUCAGGUGGUCCAUGUCGAUGUUCUGGCUUCUUCCAUCACCAGGCCUCUGGUUGGAAUAUUUAAAAGACGUUGGACUUGCAGGCCGGAUGGUACAGAGAAGAUUCGGGAGAUCCGGCUGAACCUUCCGGAUCAGAUGAUCUACAGAGAGGACUGGAUCCUCCGCCGGCCCAUCUAUGUCACCAACGUUCUCCUCAGAGCCUGGAUCUCCGACUAUCCCAUCGACUUCAACAUGCCGGACCGACUCUCCUAUAGGACCGCAGUGGCCAGUAUUCUACAUCACAUAGAAAUCCCGACACCCAACAGUCGGCCAUACAAAGACCACCGGAAAUGUCCACAAUGGGACCAGAAUGUGAUGUGGAAGGUCAGGACAGGAAAAGUGCCGCAGUGCCCGGCGGAGGAAGAAGUCAUCCGUCUCCUCCCGUUCCUCUAUGCUUGUACCGGGGAAGGUUUUGGCAUUGUGAGGCGUCCGGAGCCGUAUCGGGACCCCUCAAUGGAGCGACGGAGGCAGUACAAUGCAAUGGCACCACGAUGCAGCUUCUCCAUCUGGCUGUAUGUGGUGGAUCUGUGUCCAGUCGGUCUCUGCGGAGUCUUCUACCAUCUGGAUGACGGCAAUGAAUACGUCACUCCAGCUCUGCUGAUGGCAAAAUCAGGUCAUCUACAUGUCCAGGUGGAGUUGAUAAAGAAAGAAGCUCACGCCUUCCGUAGUACAGAUCCCUUGCCAUUGAAUCAGUGGUGCCACAUCCUUCUGAACCUGGAUGUAUCCCUGGCCAACCUGACAGUGGUGUGUGGCUCAUCAGUUAUCUCUACGAGGUUCCCGGAUAAUAUUCUUCUCUCCGAUGUCUCCGGAACCUUCCACCUGGGCGGGUGUAAGUACGUUCCGGGGAUAAAGGCGUUCUACGGACCGAGCGACUACUACAGGAACAAGAUUGUGUCCAUAGAGAAGGCUCCGCCCCCUCCGAUGAUCGAACGCGUGGAGCUGGCGCAGUGGUAUCUGAAGUGCACCUCCUUCCAGGAUGAGUGUGCGACGCGUUUCCGGAACUUCUCUGCCGCAGAACAAGAAACAAGAGAAUGCGGAGACCCCUAUAGUGAUCUUUUGACUCGUUUCCUGCCGGAAAAUACCUUUCCACAAUGUACAGAGAGGGAAGGACCCCCUCCCCUCCACAGGGCACUUAUCACAAAACUGCUGAGGAAAAGAGCCACUCAGGGAGGUGACAGGAAGUUCCGGGGUGAGCUCUUUGGACGAGCGCUGCACAGGAUGUACCUGAGAAGAGUCUUGGCUCCCGAUGGUCUGUCGCUGAUCCGGAAGUCUAUGCCGCUUCUCCUACAAGCCGGCUGCCUGGGGUACCAACCCGCUCUCUUCCUGGCGUCUGUCCUCUUCCAAACCGGCCUGGGAGUGCGAAGAGACCAGUACAAGGCUCUGAAGUUCAGCCUUCUCUCGGCUCAGGAAGACGAUCGUCUUGCCCAGCUGUCUCUGGGACACAAACACCACAUGGGAGUGGAUGGCUACCCACUAGACUACGACCUGUCCUAUGCCUACUAUGCCAACAUCGCCCACCAAACCAUGACUGACCGCGUGACACCCAGCAAACACCAGGCCUUUGUGGAACACGUCCGUCUGACCGAUGAGAAUGUCCUGAAGCAGCAGACAAAGGAGAACGAUGACCUGUUCAUGUGGCUGAGAUUUCAGGCCAAGCAAGGCGUAUCCUCUGCCCAGCAUGCUGUCAGCCGGAUGCUCUUCUGGGGUCAGCAAGGGAUCUCCUCCAAUCCGGAGAUUGCUGUGAAGUUCUAUGAAAAGGGGGCGAAGCAGCAGAAGGACCCCGUCAUGAUGUAUGAUUACGGCGUCGUCUUAUUACGGGGCCAAGGAGUGAAGCGGGACGUCCCCCAGGCUCUGGAGUAUCUGGGGAAGGCGGCAGACAUGGACUUUGUCCCGGCCCUCAACAGCCUCGGCUGGUACUAUGAACAGUAUGAAGGAAACUACCAGAAAGCUGCUGAAUUCUGGGAAAGAGCCGAUGAACUGGGGAACCCCGAGGCUCCAUUCAACCUGGGCAUCCUACACCUACAUGGCUUGUACCCCGGAAAGCCCAAGAACAUGUCCGCAGCUUACCAAUACUACUUGAAGUCGGCGACUCGUGGCCAUGUUGACGCAGCUGUACAUGUCUCCGCUUGCUGGAUCCAGGGGGUCCCCGGGGUGGUGAGCCGACUUCCGUAUGACGCUGUGCUGUGGACUAAGUGGGCUGGAGAACAGAAUGGGUACCUGGGAGCCGUACUACGCAAAGCUCUGGAUAAUUACUUGGAUCAGUCCUGGUCUGCAGCUCUUCUCUAUUAUGUCCAGGCAGCAGAAAUCGGAAUGGAGAUUGGUCAGUUUAAUGCAGCGUUUAUCUGUGAACUGGACCCGGAAGGUCUGGUGACCCGUUAUCUGCAGAUUGACUGUGAGUGGAAAUAUUACAACCUAUCAUCACUCAGCGAGCGACCUCCAGCAUACGCUCAGAUUAAGAUGGGCGAUCUCCACUACACCCCCCACGUACGGAGGAAGAGGGAUGUGCAGGCGGCGGUGCAGAUGUAUGCUGCGGCUGCCUUACAGCGAGAGCCUCAGGGUCUGUACAAUCUGGGGGUCCUGAUGGAAGAAGGGGUCUCCCUCCCCAACUCCACACUACGCAGACUUGGCUUCAACACAUCUGUCCGUGCCAACAACUUCACCAUCAUGAUAGAGCUGUACAGAAGAUGUCGGGAUCAUGAGAAGGAAGACUCGUAUGUCCCGUGUAGUCUCGCCCUCCUGAACGCUCAUCUUCUCUAUGUCUGGACGUCUCAUGGUUCCCUCCUGAAGUGCUCCAGUGCAGCUGCCAUUGCCAUUGUAACGGCACUCAGUCUGAUAACGAUUUUCGGAAGAUUACAGAACGCAGCGAGACGCCUGCAGCUGUCUGUAUGAUGGAGGUCGCCAUCUUUUCUUUGGUGGUCUUACUGGUAUAUUUUGUGUUUCACAUUAUUGGCAGGAGCCUUGUUACUCAAUGGUCUCCGGGGGUAUAUUACAUGGACAGAAUGCGACAUGAGUCCUCCUGCCCGGGUAUAAGCUCAUUACUGUAAUACAGGAAGCCACGCCCACCACUGGACCCACCCACAGCUCAGCCACCAGCAGGAACUCAUUCCCGGAUCUUCCUGAACAUAUUUAUUGUUCUUUCUGUGACAUUAAAUUCUGUUUUCAAAA